GGUCCGUACCGGAUGUACGAGUGUGCGUGUUGCGGUGCGUUGCGGGCUGGUCCCUCUCUGCAGAGGAGCGGAGGAGGAAGAGGAGGAGAGGGAGCUGAAGGUCACGGCUGAAGGAGCAUCAUCACCAGUAUGAUCAUCGAUGCUGAUAUCAGACUGAUUAUCGGUUAACUGAUCGGAUUCAUCAGCUGCACGAGGAGCAGCAGCGCGACGAGAGACAGGAGGACAGAGCGACAGACGGAUCAGCUGCUGCAUCCCUGUCUGUCUGUCUGAUUCUCCAUCACCAGGCUUCACCUGUCUCUCUCUCUUCCCCCGCCUGUCUGUCUCUCCGCCCACCUCUCCGCCAUGGGGAACCGGGGGAUGGAGGAGCUCAUCCCGCUGGUGAACCGGCUCCAGGACGCCUUCGCCUCCAUCGGCCAAAACUCGAGCCUCGACCUGCCGCAGAUCGCGGUGGUGGGCGGGCAGAGCGCCGGGAAGAGCUCCGUCUUGGAGAACUUCGUGGGCAAAGACUUCCUCCCUCGCGGUUCAGGCAUCGUCACUCGGCGCCCCCUGGUGCUGCAGCUCAUCAACUGUCCAACAGAGUACGCUGAGUUCCUGCACUGCAAAGGCAAGAAGUUCACUGACUUUGAUGAAGUUCGUCAGGAAAUCGAAGCUGAAACAGAUCGAGUGACGGGACACAACAAAGGAAUCAGUCCGGUGCCCAUCAACCUGAGAGUGUACUCACCCAACGUGUUGAACCUCACUCUCGUGGAUCUCCCGGGGAUGACGAAGGUCCCGGUCGGCGACCAGCCGGCCGACAUCGAGCAGCAGAUCAGAGACAUGCUCAUGCAGUUCGUCACCAAAGACAACUGCCUCCUAUUGGCUGUUUCUCCCGCCAACUCCGACCUCGCCAACUCCGACGCCCUGAAGAUCGCCAAGGAGGUCGACCCACAAGGUCUGAGGACCAUUGGCGUUAUCACCAAACUGGAUCUGAUGGAUGAAGGAACCGAUGCCAGAGACAUCCUGGAGAACAAACUGCUGCCGCUCCGCAGAGGUUACAUCGGGGUGGUGAAUCGCAGUCAGAAGGACAUUGACGGGAAGAAAGACAUCAAUGCGGCUCUGCAGGCUGAGAGGAAGUUCUUCCUGUCUCACCCGGGGUACCGACACCUGGCCGAGCGCAUGGGCACCGGAUACCUGCAGAAGGUCCUCAACCAGCAACUGACCAACCACAUCCGGGACACGCUGCCGGGCUUACGAAGCAAACUGCAGAGCCAGCUGCUGUCCAUCGAGAAGGAGGUGGAGGAGUACAAGAACUUCAGACCGGACGACCCGAGCCGCAAGACCAAGGCCCUGCUGCAGAUGGUGCAGCAGUUUGCAGUGGACUUUGAGAAGCGGAUCGAAGGAUCUGGAGAUCAGGUCGACACCUACGAGCUGUCAGGAGGAGCAAAGAUCAACCGGAUCUUCCACGAACGCUUCCCAUUCGAACUGGUCAAGUUGGAGAGUGAUGAGAAGACUCUUCGUAAAGAGAUCAGCUACGCCAUCAAAAAUAUUCAUGGAAUCAGGACGGGUCUGUUCACACCUGACAUGGCGUUUGAGACGAUCGUGAAGCGUCAGAUCGCUCAGAUUAAAGAGCCGUGUCAGAAGUGUGUCGACAUGGUGAUCAGUGAGCUGGUCAACACCGUCAGGCAGUGUACACAGAAGUUGGCUCAGUAUCCGAUGCUCAGAGAGGAGAUGGAGAGAAUUGUCACUCAGCACAUCAGAGACCGAGAGAGUCGCUCCAAAGACCAGGUGAUGCUGCUGAUUGACAUCGAGUUGGCCUACGUGAACACAAACCACGAAGACUUUAUCGGCUUCGCAAACGCUCAGCAGAAGAGCAGUCAGAUGAACAAGAAGAAAGCAGCAGGAAACCAGGACGAGAUCAUGGUGAUCCGUAAAGGUUGGCUCACCAUCAACAACAUCGGCAUCAUGAAGGGAGGAGCUAAAGAAUACUGGUUUGUCCUGACGGCGGAGACACUGUCCUGGUACAAGGACGAUGAGGAGAAGGAGAAGAAGUACAUGCUGCCUGUGGACAACCUGAAACUGAAAGACAUCGAGAAAAGUUUUAUGUCCAGCAAACACGUCUUCGCUCUGUUCAACACUGAGCACAGGAAUGUGUAUAAGGACUACCGUCAGCUGGAGCUCGCCAGUGAGUCUCAGGAGGAGGUGGACAGCUGGAAGGCCUCUUUCCUACGAGCUGGAGUGUACCCUGAACGCAGCGUGGACAAAGAGAAGGUGGAGGUGGAGGAGUCGAGCGGCGACGGGCAGAUCCACAGUCUGGACCCUCAGCUGGAGCGUCAGGUGGAGAUUGUCCGGAACCUGGUAGACUCGUACCUGUCCAUCAUCCACCGAACUGUCAGAGACCUGAUCCCCAAGACCAUCAUGCACCUGAUGGUCAACAACACGAAAGAGUUCAUCCACUCUGACCUGUUGGCUCAACUUUACUCCUGUGGAGACCAGAACUCCCUGAUGGAGGAGUCCCAGGAACAGGCUCAGCGCCGUGAUGAGAUGCUGAGGAUGUACCACGCUCUGCGUGAAGGCCUCAAUAUCAUCGGUGAUAUCAGCACCUCCACCGUCACCACAUCGAUGCCUCCGCCUGUCGAUGACUCCUGGCUGCAGGUGACAGGGAUGCCAUCAGGACGCAGGUCUCCCAUGUCCAGUCCGACACCCCAGCGUCGGGCCCCACCUGGACCUCCUCGUCCAGGUGGUCGUGCAGCCCCGGGGCCCCCUUCUCGUCCCGCAGUGUCACCUGACCCUGGAUACCCGCCCUCUGUCCCCUCCCGGCCCAACAGAGCACCCCCACCUGGAGUCCCCAGUCGUCCCAGUAAAGGUAGCCCCGCCCAUGGAGAGAGCCCCCAGUCCUCUAUUGAGGGUUAACCUGACCUGAGUGUGUGUUUGUGUCUCUACUGAGCUGUUCCACUGGUCUCCACUGAUGAUGCUGUGUUACUGUGAACUUUAUUAGUAAUAAUUAUAAUAAUGAUAUUGAUUAUCAGCACAUUAUGAAUAUAUAGCAAAUGAUCAGCAAAGUUCUACUGCAAUAGUGAGUGUAUAAAUAUGUCGUCCAGCUGUCUGUCUGCUGUCAGGAGAGUGAGACAGGUCAGCUGCCUGCCUGUCUGUCAUAUCACAUCAAGGCAGCACAGCUCACAUCAGGUUUAUAAAGUACUGUAGGAGCUGCAGUGUUUCCCACACACAGACUUUACUUGGGCCCAGGAAUAUUAAAGAGCAAUGCUAAAGCAGGUCGCCAAAUGCUUUAGCAUUUUUCUUUCUUUUUCUGUCUUUUUUUCGUACUUCUGAAAGAACAACGUCACCUGUGGUCGAAUCCCUACUGUCUCACCUUGCUCUGCCCCUCCCAUACCUGUUUGUUCACCUUCCUGCCUAAUUUGUCCAUGAAAAUGAACCAGAACAGUUUUUAUAAUUUUUGACAAUAACAUAAAGACCCCGGCCCUGCCCCCGCUCCAAGUCCCGCCCCCAGCCCCGCCCCGCCCCCGCCCCGCCCCCGGCCCUGCCCCCGCCAUGCCACGCACAGUCUAAUUCUGUGGGAAACACUGAGCUGUGUUCUUCUUGCAUCUCUCGUGUGUUGAGCUGAGGAGUUUUAUGCUCGAUGCAUUGAGGGAAGUUUUCUUUACAGUGUAAAGUUUACAUAUUGUUCUAACUUAUGUAUUUAUUGAUCUAUUUAUUGAUUUAUUUAUUAUCUGCACUUCUCAUUAGUGUGGCGUUUAUUGCUGGUAGCUGUCACCUUGUUUCCUGUAUUCCUGUGUUUAACCUCUGAACUGAUUCCAUUUGUUUGAAUCUGGUUCAAACUGGUUGGAAUUGGUUCCAGUUUGUUGUGGUGGUUUCGGUAACUUCAGUCUGAUUUGUGUUCUGUCAUUUCCAAAUAAAUUCUUUGUGUGUUUCCUGAGAAGAAGAAGAAAAUGAUCUGGAUUUAAUGAAGUGAACCUGAACCAAGUGAACUGAGCCACGAAAACUCACCAACCAACGUCACAGAGUCACUUCCAGAGUUUUUCCAGGAAACAUCGCGGGGAAUUAUUAGAAACUGGUGGAAUGAAGUUUUUCAUUGGGAUCAACAUGAUUUCAUAAUUGUCGUGUAAAACACCGUGUGUAGCAAUAGAAGUGUUUGUGGAACUUCCAGUGGUUUGACGUGUGAAUCCACAGUCUGAGCACUGAUCCAGACCCUGGUCUCACUGAACCACAGACUGUAUGAAUCUGGAACUGCUGAUCUAUUUCUUCUGCCUGUGUGUUGUUCACGUUGUGCUGUCUGUAGAGUUAGUGAAGCUCUGAGCUGCGUUCGACACAACACGUGUUAGCAGAGUGUGUCUGUGGCUGUGAAGCGUCCUCGUGUUCAGAUUCAUGUCAGCAUGGUCAUUCAGCUGUUUUCAAAAGGCGUGCUGUGAUUUUGAAUGUUCUUUAUUGAUCAGUGAAGUGUUGACAGGCGGCCGCAGGGCAGCGUGUUGAACGCAGCUCGGUCUCACACACACUCCAGUGAUCGUGGAUCGUUCUCUCUGUGCUAUUAAAAUAAAUGUUUACAGAAUCACUGCAUAUAUACACAUCUAUGAAACAAGAAUAAGCUGCGGCCCAGAUGGUAGUGUGUGUGUGUGUGUGUUUAUGUUUGUGUGUGUGUGUUGUAGUGUGUGUAUGUGUGUAGCUGUGUUGUGUAUCUUAGUGUCAUGU